ACCAAUAUGUCAGCCCCCAUGAGUUUAAAAGAAAAAUUAAAAAGUAAACAUGGGACGGCUCAUCGAUUAAUACUUAGGAGUUUGAACGUUAAACCAAGUCAUUCCAAAAGGAUGUCUUCGAGAUCGAGGUCUACUUCAAAAAAGCAGAAAAAAUCAAAGAAGAGACACCGCGAAAGUAGCAGUUCUUCAGAAGAAAGUGACAGUGACACUAGUUCAAGUGAUUCGUCUUCCUCAUCUUCGUCAUCAGAGAGCGACAGUCGUUCUCGAAAGCGCAAGAAAAAUAAACGGAAAAAGAAACUCAAACGGUCUAGAAGUUCUUCAUCUUCGUCAUCAUCAUCUUCAUCAUCAUCACCUGUUAGAAAAAAGAAGAAAAAGAAAGACCACAAAAAGGAAAAAAAGAAAAAGAAAAAAUCAAAGAAAAAGAAAAACAAGUCUCUAAAGAAGAAGAAGUCAGCACAGAAGGAAGAACUUAAAGUCAAAAAAUUAAACAAAAAACCUUCAGUUUCAGUAAAGCAAUUGCUGACUUUGCUUACAGAUGCAAGUGGAAGUGCUCCAGUGCCCCGAGUUAUGAAACCUAUGACAAAGGAAGAGUGGGAGAAACAGCAGAGUGUGGUGAGGAGAGUGUUAGACCCAGAGACUGGUCGCACAAGGUUGGUAAAAGGAGAUGGAGAGAUUUUGGAGGAGAUUGUGAGUAGAGAACGCCACCAAGAAAUCAACAAGCAAGCAACUCAAGGAGAUGGUUUAUUUUUCCAAAGAAAACUAGGAAUAACAGAUAGGUGACAUGACCAGAGUUCAGUUUUAAACGAAUCAGGAUGUUCCCAAUUGUUAUGAAUAAAUGUGUUUGAAGUGUUAAUAA